AUGUCUUUUCGCAAGCGCAAUAUCGUCAUUGGAGCUGCCGGGUCUUCAUCUCCCAUCAUUCGACAAGAGAAGUCUCUUGCACCCGGAACCAGACCAUCUCCGUUAGAUGGACGCUUGACUACCUCUACAGGCACGCAGUCUUUGGAUCAGCUCUUGUCAGGCCAUGCUGGAAUGCCAAUGGGAACUUCCUUGCUCGUUGAAGAAACAGGAACCACGGACUUUGGAGGAGUACUGUUACGAUACUAUGCCGCCGAAGGACUUGCCCAAGGACAUCAAGUUCACCUCUUGGGGUUUGGUGAUGCUUGGAGAAGAGAGCUUCCUGGUCUCGGCAGUCCUGAUGGCUCUAAGAAGAGCAGCAGGCCAACCUCAUCAUCAGAUGAAAAGAUGAAGAUUGCUUGGCGCUACGAGACACUCGGACAGCGCAACGUGCCAGUGAGAGAUGCCCAAGCACCAACAACUCCCGGACAGACACCGAGCACGUUCUGUCAUGGCUUCGACCUGACCAAGCGUCUUGAAAACAGCGCCAUCAAGGGUCAGCUGCACACAACCCCAGUGGAAGGUCCCAUGGCAUCUCCAACAAACACGCCGUUCCGCAAGUUCAUUGCCAAUGUAACCUCCCAAAUCAAGAACUCGCCACAUUCUACAGUUCAUCGGAUCGUGGUACCCAGCCUCCUCUCGCCUACACUGUAUAAUUCUGCUGCCAGUCAACCCAAAGAGGUCCUCAAGUUCCUCCAUGCUUUGAGAGCACUCCUCCGACAACACUCCACCCAGCUUACGGCAUUUGUGACUGUUCCAGUCACUUUGUUCCCCCGAUCUACCGGACUAACGAGGUGGAUGGAGUUACUAUCCGAUGGAGUUCUCGAAUUGAUUCCUCUGCAACACCAAGCUCAGGUCGUGCGGGAGCCUGGCAACGAAGACAAGGGUCAAGGGCUACUACGCGCCCAUAGCUUACCUGUGUUCCACGAAAAGGGCGGUGGUCUGGAAGGUACCUGGAACAGGGAAAACCUAUCUUUCAAGCUGAGCAGUUCCAGUGGGUUGGUCAUUACACCCUUUAGUCUACCACCGAUUGGAGACGAGGAAGAACCAAAUAAAGCCUCCAAACCCAACGAUCACAAGAAGGAGACUUUGGAUUUUUGA